GCCGCCGGACCGGAUGGGGGAGCCGCUGCUGCUGCCGCCGCCGCCUCCGGGGCCCCCGAUCCUGCUCUUCUUGCUCAGCCUGGCGCCCGGCGUCGAGGCGGGGAAGCCCAGUUUUCAACAAGAUCUCCCUUCUGAAGAGCAAUAUCGCUGUCGUGUGGUAUCCUGGCCGGUCCCUCAGCAGGAUGGGGGCAUCGUUUUUCUCGACCACCAGUGCGCUCCCCUGUUCCUCCGCAGGCAGCUGACCUUCCUGGCCCGAGCCUGCUUGCCCCGCCAGGCCCGAGCCCCGCAUGACGGCCCCACAGGACAUUGGCCCCUGCCGCUGGCAAAGGCAGAAGUGGCCCAGGCCGUCGCUUGGCUCGAGAGCCACAUGGCCCAGCAGAGCUCUGAGAAGCCCCCGACAGGCGGGGAACGCUGCCAUUUCCUGAAGCGAGCAUCUGCGGCGGGCAGAGGUUUGUGCCCGACGCACCUGGCACAGGCUUUGCAGAAGCUGCUCCAAUGCUGGGAAGCCACGCGAGUUCCCCGGAAACUGCGGAGACCAGGCAGGAAGCGCCGGGCUCUUCGUCGCUGGGCAGAUGGCCUUCUGCAAGCAGAUGUGGGUGGCGGAAGGCAUUCUGCAACCGCCAACUCCGCAAAAGGCGCAAACAGUGGCCCGCCUCCUGUUGCCCUGAGCUUGCAGGCUGAGCAAAAGGACGUUCCAGAGUCAAUGGACCUCGGUGGACGGGUCUGGCUGAGUGCGACGCCCCUGCCAGGCGGCCUCUUCGGGCAGCAGCCCCUCGUCACGCAGGACAUCCGCCCCUCGCUGCCUGUCCUGCGCACCGAGGUGAGACCGUCCGGCGGCACGGGAUGCCGGUGUCCGGAUGGAGGACUCGGCAAAGCGCAAGGCCACGAAGGCAGGAAGGAAGCCAGAGGGUCCCAGGUGGGGGUCCGUGUUCCCACCCCACGCACCGAAGAGGCGGCCUGGGCGGCCAGCGCCCUCACUUUCCUGCUGGUGGUGCUGACCCUCGCAGUCCUCUACACACGGCUCCACCGGAAGUGCCGCCGUGGGAGAAGCCUCUACUGGACCACAAGCAUUGAGGAGGGGAGCGACACAGUGGCUGCUGUGAUCAAGCGGCGUCUUCUCUCCGCCCAGACCAGGCGCAAGAAGCGGAGCCGGCAGCAGCUCCCGCCCAAGGCGCCUCUUUUGUCGACGUCCAGCGACAGCUCGGAUUAGGGACGACCCUCUUUGGCGGAGACGUCCAGCCACAGGCCUCCCAGAAAUCUGGGCUUUGCCAACAGAGGCAAAGAGGGAGGAGGUCGUCUGCGAGCGAAACUUUGGUGUUCCGGCGAAACAGCAGCCCGACUGUGGUCUGUUUACUCUCCCGAGGAGCUGGCUCCUGGCCUUCGUUUGUUUUUCUUACGCAAUAAAAUCUCGUUUAUUUUUGCUACAAAAGCAGGAUGAGGCAUCCCUAAAGCAACCAGGAGAUUUGCAGAUCCGGGGGGG